AUGCUGUUAACAAAAAAUCUAUCUCAACCUUUACCCAUAUCUAUCUAUCUAUCUAUCUAUCUAUCUAUCUAUCUAUCUAUUUCACUCUGGCUAUAUUUAGUUAUCUAUCGCAUCCUGUCAAUAUCUAUCUAUCUAUCUAUCUAUCUAUCUAUCUAUCUAUCUAUCUCACCCUGGCCAUAUUUAUCGAUCUAUCUGUCGCAUCCUGUAAAUAUUUAUCUAUCUAUCUAUAUAUUGCAUCCUGUACAUAUCUGUCUACCUAUCUAUCUAUCUCAUCCUGGCCAUAUUUAUAUAUCUAUGGCAUCCUGUAAAUAUCUAUCUAUCUAUCUAUCUAUCUAUCUAUCUAUCUAUCUAUCUAUCUAUCUAUCUAUCUAUCUCACCCUGGCCAUAUUCAUCUAUCUAUCGCAUCCUGUAAUUAUCUAUCUAUCUAUCUAUCUAUCUAUCUAUCUAUCUAUCUAUCUAUCUAUCUUUAUAUUGACUACUGACGAAGUGGUUUACUCUUCUGCAUUGGUGUAUUUAGAAAAAAAAACGCUAAUAAAUUGUUUCAAACUCUUUCGUUCUCAUUCCAUAUUUUAA